AUGACAGUUGUAUCCACAUGAGAAUGUGGUUAAGAAUUAGAAAUGGAAUUUCCAAUUAACUAGGAAGAAAAUUAAUACAACUAACUUUGAGAUUCCAUUCAUACUUUUUCUUCUCCAAUAAACUGGAAAGGAAAAAGGAAAAACUCCGAAAAAAACUCUUUUGAUCAAUGAGGAAAUUGUGUCCUAAUUUUGAUCAAGAAGAUGGCCUUGAUACAGUUCUUGAGGUUCCUAUUCCUGAAGAAAUGUUUACAAGAAUGGGGAGUAAUGCGGCUCUCCGAUGGCAAAAUAUGCGUUUGUUGAUGAAAUCAAAUAACAAAACUGCUUCUGCUGCUGGCCGGCAUUCCGAAUUACAACUCCUCCUCAAUGUUGUAGGCUCACCUCUCAUUCCUCUUCAGAUUCAAUGUGGUACUCAGGCCGUAAACCGUCCCAUUCGUGACUGUUCCAUCCAAGUCUCGACGGCCAAAUAUAUAAUACAGCAAUACAUAGCGGCAACGGGAGGACAACAGGCAUUGAAUGGGGUGAACAGUAUGUAUGCAAUAGGGCAAGUUAAAAUGUGCGCUUCGGAAUUUCAUAUGGGAGAUGAAAGCGUAAAGGCAAGGGGGAACGGCGAGAUCGGUGGGUUUGUGUUAUGGCAAAAGAAUCCUGAUCUUUGGUAUUUAGAACUUGUUGUGUCUGGUUCGAAAUUGAGUGCUGGUAGUAAUGGUAAGGUAGCUUGGAGACAAUUUGCAACCCAACAAUCACACGCUUCCAGGGGUCCUCCAAGACCCCUGCGCCGGUUUCUACAGGGAUUGGACCCAAGAUCUACAGCAAACUUAUUUUCAGAAGCAGUGUGCAUUGGAGAAAAAAUCAUAAACAAUGAAGAUUGUUUCAUACUAAAGCUAGAAGCUAACCCGGUAACCUUAAAAGCGCGAAGCAGUGACAGUUUCGAAAUCAUCCAUCACACUUUAUGGGGCUACUUCAGCCAAAGAACAGGUUUACUGAUUCAGUUUGAAGAUUCGCAUUUACUAAGAAUGAACGCAGGAAAAGGAGAUGAUAGUGUAUUUUGGGAGACCAGUAUGGAAUCAUUAAUCGAAGACUACAGAUACAUUGACGGCAUAAACAUUGCCCACGGUGGGAGAACGAUUGUGACAUUGUUUAGAUACGGAGCUGGAGCCGCAAGUCAUAAGAGAAAGAUGGAAGAAACUUGGUUGAUUGAUGAAGUUGAUUUUAAUAUUUGGGGACUAUCUAUGGAUUGUUUUUUACCUCCGUCUGAUCUUAAAGAAAAUAGUGACAGUGCCAUGGCAUGAUACAUUGAUACAGUAGUAGUAUUGAAAAAACAAAGAGAUAAAAAAAAAAAAACACUACUCUGUGUACAUAGAUGUGAAUUUGAGAAAUUAUACCUUUUUGUUUCAUGUUCUAAAUCAAGUUAGAAACUAGAAUUCAAUUCAAAAUCAAGAGUUUAGCUAUCAGACACAUAUUUUGUUCAUCGUUGUUAAAGAAAACCCUCAUUUCUUUUUC